AUGGGUUUUGCGGGGAUAUACACUGCUAUAUACGACUAUAAGCCGCAGGCGGAGAACGAACUCGAGAUAUCCGAAGGGGAUCUCCUGUACAUUCUUGACAAGGCCUCGGACGAUGGCUGGUGGAAAGCAAAGAAAAAGGCCACCGAUGAGGACGACGAAGAGCCUAUCGGUCUAGUGCCCAAUAAUUACGUCGAAGAGGCGCGUCCUAUUCGAACUGCGCGUUCACUCUAUGAUUACACCCGACAAACAGAUGAGGAAGUGUCGUUUCCUGAAGAUGCGGAACUCAAAGUUUUUGAUAUCUCUGAUCCUGAUUGGACACUGGUUCAAAUGAAUUCAGAAUACGGAUUUGCGCCCUCGAAUUAUAUCGAAUUAGCGGAAGAGACAGAACCGGCUACGACCUCCUCUCCACCUCCUAUGCCCUUACCGGAGGGGACUGACAAUCGUGAAACUGAGUCUGAGGGUAUUCUGACACCACACUCUGUCUCUAGCCCAAUUGAAAGCCCCGCGGCUGCCUUAGCAGGGAUUCUCAACAAGCAACAAGCGUCCUCAUCUUCAGCACACACUAGAGCUGUCCCAGCACCCCCAGUCGAACUAUCUCAAUCUCCACCUACAGCAUUAACUCCGCAGGCGUCCGAUGAAGACGAAAGCCCUCCUCCGGCGCUUCCGCAACGGCCUAUCUCCCGCGCUAGCCCACCACGAGAACCAAUAUCGCCCCCGGAAGAGGAUCCGUAUCCUACUCGACGCGAGGUCCCCGCUCCUCGUCCUCAGUAUACCUCCCUGAGGGAAGAGACCUCCCCUGGCAUUAGGCCUUCUCCACCGUAUAGCCGGAUUGAUGUCCGGGACCGUGAGAAGCUCCAUAGCCCAUCCGCCGUUUCCCCGUCUGGGUAUCAUAUAUAUAAUAUCAGCGAAAUGAUUUCCAUUAUGGGAAAGCGGAAAAAAAUGCCCACAACUCUUGGUAUCAAUAUUGCUACGGGGACCAUUUUUAUUUCCCCAGAGAACUCGGAAGAUGGCCCCAACCAGGAGUGGACUGCAGACAGACUUACGCACUACUCUAUUGAGGGCAAACACGUCUUUUUGGACCUCGUGCGGCCGAGCAAGAGCGUUGACUUUCAUGCAGGAGCCAAAGACACGGCCCAGGAAAUUGUGUCGGCUUUGGGUGAAAUCGCAGGAGGGUAUAGGGCUGAGGGUUUGAGGGAAGUCAUCGCGGCCGGCACUACUGGAGGAAAGAAGAAGGGUCAAAUCCUAUACGAUUUUAUGGCUCAGGGAGAUGAUGAGGUCACUGUAGCUGUUGGGGAUGAAGUCAUCAUCCUUGAUGAUACGAAGUCAGAAGAAUGGUGGAUGGUGAGGCGGAUGAAGAAUGGACAAGAAGGAGUUGUUCCCAGUAGCUACAUCGAGCUUACAGGAGUCGCUACACCUGAAGAGUCAAGCUACCGCGGAGUGAAUGCCGGUCUUCCGGUCGUUGAACAGAACCGUCGUGAGGAGGAACGUUUAGCGAGGGAGUCUGCUCGAAAGUCUAGGAGGAAUGAUUCUGGUUCCGGAGAGGUAGGGUCCGGCAUGAAACUUCCAAAUAGAGCCAGCAGUUUAUUUAUACAUGAUGAUGGUAACAAACGUUCGCAGCGCCACAAACGUGAUAGCCGAUCUUCAAAACAAAAGCCGGAUUCCUCGAAAACGAGGAAAUGGACCGAUCGAACGGGUACAUUUACGGUUGUUGCCGAAUUUAUCGGUCUCACUGACGGAAAAAUACACCUUCACAAGCAAAACGGAGUAAAAAUUGCUGUACCAGUGGCCAAAAUGUCCAUCGAAGACUUGGAAUAUGUUGAGAGAGCCACUGGUGAGUCGCUUGAUGAGGAUAAGCCUCUAUCGGAUAUCCGGCGUCGCAGCCAAAUGCCUCAAGAGAAAUCCAAGCCUAUAGGCGCGUCGAUCAAAAAAGAGCCAGAUUACGAUUGGUUUGACUUUUUCCUGAAGGCGGGCGUUGGCCCUCAUCUUUGUGAGCGGUAUGCGCACAACUUUGCAAAAGAUUCGAUGGAUGAAAGUGUGCUUCCAGAUAUCACAGCAGAUACCCUGCGAACCCUGGGACUCAAAGAAGGUGACACCUUACGAGUCAUGAGAUAUCUUGAUGAUAAAUAUAAUAGAAAAUCGAAGGCUCGAAACGUUAGCUUUGGGGGUGAAGAGGUCAUUGGCAACGGAGAAGAAGCUGGCGGCUUGUUCUCUGGCCCUGGCGGCGCCCUCCGAAAUAAUACACGCAAAGGUCGACCCGCUCCCCCCGUUCAAACUAGCGAUGUCGUUGAUCCGAAGGCAUUUUCGUUGAAUGACCCUUCAAAACCAGCAUCGUCAGCUGGGAAAGAAUCCUCACAGGUGUCCUCACCAGCACGGGAAAAGGACGAACCGAAAGGCUUUGAAGACAGUGCCUGGGAGGUGAAACAUCCCAAAGUGUCCGCGAGCUCAACUACGCCUUCGUCCAUGACCGUCACGCAAACUCAAGCCCAGCCAACUCUGACUGGGGCGAUGGCAGACCUUUCGCUGCUGCAAGAGCCAUUGCAGCCCACUAAAACAUCCCAGACACCUCAGCCAAGUCAACCGACUGUCCCUCAGCCUCAACCGCAACCCUUCUCAUUUCACAAAGAGUCGCAUCCAGCCCAAUGUCCGCAAAGGACAAUCUCCCACAACCUCCUUCCAAGAUAUGAGGCCAAAGGAUCAUCUCUGGCCACUGCCGCCCGCAACAACCCUCAUUUUUUGCCCCCUAAUAAUGCAGGCACGCUUGGACCAGCUCCUCUCCAGCCACAGCUUACUGAGUUCCCACAAACUGCUCCUCACCUUGCGCCACCAGGUCACAGUUUAGCAGAGCUUAACCAGCAGCGGCUCCAACAGUCACAAUUGCAGCCCCAACCAACCGGGUUCGCUCCGCCGGGAUUUGGCAUCGGCCAGUACGGAAAUCAGUUAGCGCCUCAGCCAACCGGGUUUAUGCUACAACAACAGACUCCCUUUUCGAACGGACCGCAGCGAACAGGAUUUCAGGCUUUGGCUCCUCAGCAAACUGGAUAUCCUCCAUUUUCCCAACCGCCAGCACAACCCAUGCCAACGGGAUCUAUCAACUCUCUCCUUCCCCCGCCUCUACAACCGCAGCAGACUGGCAUUAACGGCUUUGGAGGUACUUCCACUUUUACGCCACCGCCGGCCCCUCCAAUUCCUGAACUGCCCGCGGCACCACUGCAGCCACAGAAAACAGGCCCCGCCCCACCUGUUCGUUUCGGGGUGCAUAAAGAUAUCAAAAAGCUUACUCCCCAGCCCACAGGUCUUAAAGCGAAUCUCGCACAAGCAACGCCGUCGAAUCCGUUUGGGUUUUAG